AUGGCGAGGAUCGACGGCGAGGCGGAAGUCGUUCAGCCUGAUACUUCAACACCGCAGCUGCCUGAUCAAGAGACUGUUGAAGCAUCGCGGUCCCUUGGCGAAUCCUCUGAUGCGGUGCCACGAGACCUAGACCCUUCCGUAGAGCUGGAUUCCUUGAACGGCACGCCGGAAAGCGCCCAUGACAACCAUGAAGAUGUCAAUAGUCGCUUGCUGAUCAUAGAGAAUUCGGAGGGCAAAUCAUUCAUGGUUCCUUGGAGCGAGUGUGAUACGUGGGAAAAAUUGAAAGUCGUUCUUGAGAAGCGCUUGCCCUCAGCUAACAAGAGUACACGGGAGCGAAUAAAGUCAGGCAAAUUCUUGAUGAAGAAUGGCUGGGACGCGGCAUACGGACCUGAAUACUGGCACUUCGCUCUACAUCCAUUGCCACCACUCACGUUCCAUGUAAAUUUGCCAGGAUCCUCACGCCAGAGACGUCGCCGGUAUCUGCGCAACAUUCCAGUCGAGGACGAAGAGCUCGAUGAAAUUCCUGCCCUAGAGCAUGCUGCAGAUGAUUCAUCGCAUACUGAGUCCGACAUCGUGGAGGACACAAGACCCCAGAGACUUCUGAUUCAUGCUAAGUCUGAGACGUCAAUCAGGCAGGCAGGACGAGGAGUCGAUCUGGAAAAUUCCGCAAUUGACGAGCGCGCCGAGGUCAACUACGAAGGGAGAAUCAAGUAUACUGUUGACUAUUUCCGGAAGGAAAGACAUGGUUGGGACCUCGACUAUCUACAUUCGUUUUCUUCCGAUAAACCAAUCAUCCAGGGCCUAUGGAGAGUUGCGAAAUUCGCACCAGUGUUAGAGGAGAAGCAUGCCGUACGAUAUCCUCGAAACCGUGUCAUUCCAAGUCGGCAUCUUCGACCCUCGCGCAUGUAUGGACUCGAUCCGGACAUGCCUGUGGCUGGUGAAGGCCAGGCCGAUGAACCCGACAAGCUUGAGACAGGAGAUGAGGUCGACCUACCAAGUGUACAGAUUCAUUCAAAGCUGCUACUCAACGCACUUGGAGCAGUUGCAAAUUACUGGACGACUUCUGCUGAGGAUGUCGAUGACCAUCGCCGCCGAAGAGACGAGGAGAACAAACAAGCCGACAACCUCCGGGCUGGUAUUUUCAAUUAUCCUUUCAGAGACCUUUACUAUCACAAGAAGGAGCUCAUUGACUACAAGGAUGGCAAAUACGCAUGCUGUGCUCGGCAUCCUGAGGCAUACCAGCGCGAGUGCGGGAAACAUAUCGAUCUACUCAUAGAAUAUCUUUACGAGCAGCCAGAUAUCGGUCUCGCGCAGGCCGAAGCAGGCUGGGCUCGCCAGACUCCGACCACCAACUUCGCCUCCUUCUGGCUGCUGUUGAAGCCCGGUACCGAUGUCUACGUCCGAAAGAGGGACAUACUCAAUCUUUUCGUUGUUGACACCGUUGACGGAGGCGUUGAGUUCUCAGGGCGCGGUCAAGUUCUGAGGGCGGUGCCUUACACAGUUUCGGUCUGGGGAAUGUGGUUCGAUGGCGAAGUCAUCAGUCGUAUCAGCAAGACUAUUACGGUCCCAGUCUUCGACAGUGAUCGAGAAAUUACAUCUCUGCCGCUGUUUCCUGCAGAGUUUCAGGACACUAUUGACGGGGGUGCGACUCGGGAGAGGUUACUCAAGCGUGGCCAGAAGUUCUUCAAAUGCUGCAAAGGACCGGCAUAUAUGGAAUACACUGGACUUGGACAUGCAGGACGAACGUCAAAGCACGUACGAGCUCGAGUCGUCAUUGAUCAUUUUGACAGACCGUGGACCGAAUUGUCGCACAACCUUGGCCAUGCUUGCGAGUUUGGAGACAGCAAUCGCAACCACAGGCGGAGCGACUAUCACUCAUCAUACUCAUCAUGGGAUCGAAGAGAUGUGAUCGUUGUCGAAGCUCAGAAACCCGGUGCAAGUGCGAGAUCUCCGCGGUGCGAAUGUGUUCAUUGCGUAUCUAGUGUGGAUGGCGGCAUUUCUUAUCCGCCAGAAACGCACAGCGACUACGACAACAUCGUUCCCAGUGAGACUGAUACCUUGACCAACCACCAAUACCUUCUCUGCUGGGAUCAGAUGUUUGGCUUUAUACUGAAAGAUCGCAACUAUGACUUACUUGAUGUAGAGUACUUGGUCGAGCCACAGCUCAGCGACGAUGCCAUCGAGUCGCUAGUGCUGCGGCCUGAGUCGAACAAAGACGCCAUCAAGGCCCUUGUCAAGACUUACACCGACCAGGCUAGCCAGACCAAUUUAUUCAGCGCUGAUUUCAUUCAGAAUAAAGGCGAGGGUCAAGUUAUACUACUACAUGGCCCACCAGGCACGGGCAAGACUCUGACUGCCGAGUCGGUCGCCGAAUUCACCCGCAAGCCUCUAGUGAGCAUCACGGCAGCAGACCUGGGUCACGAGCCUCAAGACCUAGAACGUAACUUGACACGGUUCCUCAAGAAUGCUCACAUCUGGAAUGCUGUGGUAUUGCUCGAUGAGGCGGACAUAUACCUGCAGCGGCGCUCCAGCCAUGACCUGAAGCGCAACAGCAUCGUCUCCAUUUUCUUACGGCUGCUGGACUAUUUCCAGGGCAUCCUGUUCCUGACCUCCAACCGAGUCGGCCAGAUCGACGAAGCCUUCAUGUCCCGCAUCCACAUCGCACUCGGCUACCGCCCACUAGACGACGAUGCCCGCGCUCACAUCUGGGACGCCCUGUUCCGCAAGCUCCAAGAUGACUACCGCCGUGGUGGCGCCCGUAUCGAGUAUGAAUACGAUGCCAAACAGUACGUGAAGCGAAGCGAUGAGGUGCGGACGCUGCAGUGGAAUGGCCGCGAGAUCCGCAACGCGUUCCAGACUGUUGUCGCGUUGGCGACGUUCGACGCCAAGAACGAGGGCGAGAAGCGUGGCAAGAGUCCUGACGAUGUGGUGCCAGAGAUCAGAGAGUCGCAUCUGCGGCAGGUCGUGGCCAUGUCGGCGGCUUUUAGAAAAUAUAUGACCAGUACUCAUGAGGGUAUGGAGGAUCCGGACCAUGCAUUUAGGUUGGGGAAUCGGGAUGAUAGGUUUUAUCAGGGGUCGGGAGACUAG